CUGGGCUGGAGAGAGUCGUCAGAAGACGCAGCCGCCGUCAUGGCCCAGGAAAAGAUGCCUGAGCUGACCGACAUGGUCAAGCGGCAUUACAUGCGCUUCCCCUCCGAAACCUGGGAACGCACGCGGACGGUCCUAGACCACCACCCUCCCCACCGCCUCUUCGCGCACGUAGAGUCCCUCAUCUCCACCCGUAAGAUCGACGACUUCCUCAAGUCCAACGAGGCGUUCCACAAGCUCGCGGCCGACUUGUACGGCGCGCGGCACCCCUGGCUGCGGGACGCGGACCUGGGACGGUCGAAGUGGGAGGCGUUCCAGGAGUUCUCCGCGCUGACGCUCACGGAGCAGGCCCGCGAAGCCGCGAGAGACCCGGAAGCGAUGGCGAAGAGGAGGAGGGCGUUGAUGGUAAGGAAGAUUAGGGAGGGGAGGGAUGUAGAUGAGUGGAGGAAGAGGUUGGGGUUCGAGGGGGUCGCGUUUUCGGAAGACGCGAUUCGCGGUGGUGAGGGUGGUGAGUAUGGCCAGGACGAGGUGAGGAUGGGCGAGGGCGUGGAGAUCGGGGCGUGUCUUGAUGGGAAAGACGGGAAGUACGGUCCUGAGCGUCGUCUCAGGGCGGUCUACCCGAAGAUUCCGCACGUGGGCAUUCCCAAGGCUCCGGCUGAUGGUGGAGAGGCGCCGCGGAACCCUUUCACCACUGAGUGGAAGGCUCGCGAUGCCCCUGACGGCUUGGACUACCCGCCCACGUUUGACCCGUACUACACCAGCAACCACUUCAUCGGGCGAACGAAGAAGUACGAGCUUCCAAAGCCACCGGAGCCUGAAGACGGUGAUGAGGAUGGCGACCAGGAGAUGGCUGGCCAGGAGACUCCUCAAGCGCCUUCUGGAAUCGCGGCGAUGGCUACGGCAACCUUCGGGAGAUCCAACUCCAUGACGACGACGAGACCUGGGGUAACCAGGACUACUACCCUUCCGACAGGCGUAGCUGUAGGCAACAUCCAGCUGGUCGGAGGCAGUACACCUACUGGCAGACCUCCUUCUGGAACACUGCCCGGACGCUUCACGAUCAGUACCAAAACAGACUCUGCAACAACAACGCAACCGUCCAUCGUUGUCACCGGCACAACGCCAACGACACACCACCAACCUCUCUUCGAGCCUCUGUCAACCAUAAGAGAAGCCACAGAGCCCCCAAGCGAAGCCCCCGGCACAGAAGCCCGCGUCUUCACGCCCGCCCGCGAAAGGAAGUCUCCCUCUCCGACCUCGGAAUCCCCCACCUCCGACGUAGACAUGUCCGAAUCUCCCAUCGACGACGACGACGCCGUCCUCGACAACCUCGACCCCCACGACCCGGACUGGCUCGAAAAGUUCCUCGCCCGCGACGGCACCAUCCCGGCCGACGACCUCGAGAUGAUGCCCUACCGCGGCUGGCGCAUCCACUCCCCCAAGAUCCAGCUCGUCCGCAUCAAGAACUUCCUCGCCGACGAGGACAUCGACCGCACCAUCAACUGGGAGCGCAAAUUCGCCGAGAUCGCCGCCUUCCUCCAGCACUGCCUCCGCCUGCCCGAUGCCGCGAGGCGCAGCUGGUGGGCCGACCUGCUCGAGGCCAUCGACAUGCUGCGCGCCCACUGGGUCUUCGAGCAGCACCACUACGGCGAGAAGAAGCUCGUCGUCGACUUUCCGCAGCUGAGCGGCACGAGCACCCGACUGCCCCAGGUCCAGGGCGGCAGGGCCGUCGUCGUCGAGAAGCCGCCCGCGGAGGAGGUCCGCCCGCGGUAUCUCCUGCACCGCGUCCCCGAGUCCAUCCAGGACGUGGAUUAUCAGGUACCCGCGACACUGCUGAGGGAUACGUUCCUGACGUGGUUCCGCCAGGACGGGAACGUGGUGUGGGAGUCGGACAGCAGCGCGCCCGGCUCGGGAGACCGCGGCAGGACCUUCGAGUACCAGCCGGACUUCAACAUGGCGCUCACCGAAGACACGUGGUUCGAAAAGGGCAUGGCCGGCGGAACCGAGACCACCGCCGCCGACCUGAAGAGCGAGGCCAACUUUUACAUGCUCGGCCACGAGUUCGUCGCCGGCGAUGUCGGGGAGGUCACCGACGUGGACGGCGAGACACAAAUCGCGCAGAAGAUGUACCCCGAGGGCGAGGUCCUGCAGCGCUUCGCGCGGUACCGCGGCACGAAGCGCGCGGCGCUGCAGCAGUGCCUCACGCACUUCAACAGCGUCGAGAACGUGACCAUCCAGGGCCCGUUCCGCAAGCUCGUGCUGCCCCUCACGAGGCGGCAGAAGGAGCUCGCCAGGAAGCAGGCCGGCGGCGGGAUCGUGUACAAGCCGCAGGCGAUCGCCUCGCCGCCCAAGGGCACCAAGCUGGACCCGCUCGGGAUCUCGUUCUGGCACCAGCGCAUGCGGGAGGCGCGGUACGAGAGGGCGGAGGAGGCGCAGGCGCUGACGGACGCGGAGCAGGCCGACUUCGCGGCGCAGACGCAGGACGACUCGGACCCCGUGCUGACGCCGCCGAACUUCCUGGGCCCGAUCACGAGGCUCGGCUUCCUGAGGGAGAGCGAGAGGGCGAUGGUGGAGCGGUGGCGGGUGCUGAACGAGCUGAGGGACAAGCUGACGCGGGCGUACAACCGGGCGCCGAGGCAGAUGCUGGAGGGGGUGUUGAAGAACAUCCGCUACGGGUUCGAGGGGGCCGAUUCGUGGGACAUGGGCGAGGAGCUGUUCGAGCACCGGCAGAGGCACGGCAAGUAUCUCCCCGUCGACGACAUGGGGCUGUUCUGGGUCCAGUGGCUGUGCGAGCCGUCGACGAACACGAAGAUGGAGCGGGACGCGCUGCCGAAGCUCGGGAGGGAGUUUGAGGUGUUUUUGGAGAGAAUGCAGAGGCUCCUGGACGAUAUGGACAUGGAUGGCUUGCUGGCGGUUUACGAGAAGAAGGCGGAUGUGGAAAGCGUUACGGCUGCGUUGAACACGGGGUUGAGGAAAGGAGAUUAUAUCCUCUCCAGCGAUUCGGUCGAGACGUUCUGCAAGGUGCUUGCGGACCAUGGACGGCUCGGGUACACCGUCGACAAAGACGGGGAGACCAUGAUCUCCAGACCAGAGUGCACCUGGCACCCGGAGCACCGGGUCAACUGGCCCAAGGACGACGACCCCUGGGACCCUCAGACGAACGUGUUCCACGCGGCGAACCUGCCGGACCCGCGGGCCAAAUGGAGCUGGGAGGAGGCGUUCGCCAACGUCGACUUCGUCAACCUCAGCAUCGGCUUCACGAAGAAGAUGCUGUGGUCGCGCGCGUACCGCAUCGGAACGGAGCUCGACGGUCUGACGCGCUCGCUGCGGCAGCUCGACCAAAAGCUGCAGGUCCCGGGCCAGCGGGACUUCCGCGCCGUCGCGCUGCAGGACGUCACGGGCGCCUGGAGGAACCGGUACGAGAAGCCCGUCCCGGGCCGCCCCGGGCCGCCGGUGACGUACGCCGCCGUCGUCAAGGCCGGGGAUCCGGGGAAGUGGAAGGAGGACAUGACGGAGGCCGAGGCGUACGAGGUGGUCAGGACGGGCAUCAUCGACGAGCUUUCGAAGGGCGAUAGCGCGCUCUGGCCCGCGAGGCCGCGGUUCAGCACCGUCGGCGAGGACGGGGAGGAGGUGAUGACGCUUCACCGGGAGCGGGUGUGGGAUUGGGCGCGGCCGGAGGUCGCGGGGGUCAAGAAGCAGUUCUUCUCGAUGAACCGGUGGCCUGUGCAUCUGCAGACGGAGAAGAGGCAGGAGGAGAUACGCCGGAGCGUGGAGGACGAGGUGAGGGAGAAGGAGAAGAAGAGGGCGGCGGAGGAGGCGGAGCUGGAGAGGAUUGAGAGGGAGAACGAGCCGACGGAGGAGGAGGAGCGGCAGGCGAUGUUCGAUAAGAUGCUCUCGGUGCCGUAUGACCAGGGCCCGGGUACGAGGACGAGGUUCUUCCCGCAGACGGAGUUCUGGGGCGGGGAUACGGUCUCGCAGACGAGAGCUCUGGAGCGGCACCUUCAGAGGAUGCUUGAUGAGGAAUUCAACCCCGACGACGGCAGAGCGCCCGCCAAAAGCACCACCGGCAGCAGACGGCCAGGCCCGAGCAACAUCGUCUCGGAUAACCAAGGCAGCAUCAGGCUUCCGGAGGUGCUGUCCCCUGACGUACCGAAGAGCAUACCCGCCUUCCUAGCGCGCAGGGCGGGCAGGUUGCCUCCGGGGACGCUGAGGGAGGAGACCAGGGCGCCAUUAGCCCGGCCGGCGCCGGUGACUAUUGAGAGGAAGCGGCCUUUGUUCUCGCCGGUGUAUCCGACGGAGGAGCCAGAGCGAGAAGAGAGCGGUCGGCGAGUGCGGUUCAAGGAGGUCGAUGAGCCUCAGAAGGGAGGGGACGAUGUGCCUCUGAAGGGCGGUGACGGUGGUCUUCCACAGGGCGAGGGUGAUGACGAUCUUGAGAAAGGCGAGGACGACGAUCUCAAGAAAGGUAAGGGCAAGGGCGAUGAUUGUUUUUAG